CUGAAAAACAGAGGCUACUGUUAUUACAAUGCGGUUCCACUGAUUAUCUAUGAGCAGGAUCACUGCCAUGGCACCAACAUACAUGUAGUUUAGACCAGUGAUCCCCAACCAGUAGUUUAUGAGUAACAUGUUGCUCCCCAAACCCUUGGAUGUUGCUCCCAGUGGCCUCAAAGCAGACCCCCAAGGGAACCUGUCUGGAGGCAGUAAAACUGGCCAUAGAUCUUGGCUACCGACACUUUGAUGGGGCUUAUGUAUACUACAAUGAACAUGAGGUGGGUCAGGCCAUCAGGGAGAAGAUCGCUGAGGGAAAGGUCAAACGAGAAGACAUUUAUUACUGUGGCAAACUUUGGAACACAUGCCAUCCGCCUGAACUUGUGCGGCCGACAUUGGAGAAGACGCUAAAAACCCUUCAGCUGGAUUAUGUGGACCUGUAUAUCAUCGAGCUGCCCAUGGCUUUCAAGCCUGGGGAUGAAAUUUACCCACGGGACACAAAUGGAAAGUUUCUGUAUCACAAGACAGAUCUGUGUGCAACAUGGGAGGCGCUGGAAGAGUGCAAAGACGCAGGGCUGGUCAAAUCCAUUGGCGUCUCCAACUUUAACCGCCGGCAGCUGGAGCUGAUUCUCAAUAAACCAGGACUGAAAUACAAACCUGCCACAAACCAGGUUGAAUGCCACCCAUAUUUCACCCAACCGAAAUUGCUGGAGUUCUCCAAACAACAUAACAUUGUGACUGUAGGCUACAGUCCUAUUGGAACCUGCCGUGAUGAAACAUGGGUCAAUGUGUCUUCCCCUCCUCUCUUGGAAGAUCCUCUCCUGAAUUCCAUCAGCAAGAAAUACAACAAGACAGCAGCCCAGGUAGCUCUGCGCUUCAAUGCCCAGAGGGGAGUCGUGGUCAUUCCAAAAAGUUUUAACCCAGACAGAAUCAACGAAAACUUUCAGAUUUUUGACUUCAGUCUGACGGACAAGGAGAUGAAGGACAUUGAGACUCUGAACAAGAAUGUUCGCUAUGUGGAGUUGUUAAUGUGGAGCGACCACCCAGAAUACCCCUUCAAGGAUGAAUACUGAUGGCCACGAUCACCUUCACAAAACCAACUACCCCGGCUCUUCCCCAUUGAUCUGGAAUGGAAGGAAUAUCUGGGGAGAAGCUCACGUCUGUAUCGGACACGGACUACCUUAAUUUUAUUGGACAGUCAUUUGUUUUUCAUGCCCAUCAAAGUGGCUGGAGCUAUAGAGUCCAGCAACAGUGCAGAUUUAUUUGACCAUAUUUCAUUGUUUUGUGUCUAUCUUCCCAUCUUUUGUAUCAUCGCCGUCCAUUGAAUGAUAUGAAUGUACAUUACAUUUAUAGCUGUGAUUUCAUCCGUUACAAUAGGAAGUUUACAGAAUAAUCAGCUUUGGGGUAUUUACCUCCUUGGUUAUUAGUCCUGGUUCAUUGUAGCUCUGCAGACAGUUAAUAAAGCAGAACGGAUGUUCCCUCA